GAGCUCCGAACCCGCGGAUCAGGAAGUGGCGGGCGGAGCCCGUGGCCGAGUAGCCGCCUGAGGCGCCGCCGCCGCCGCCAGUGCGGGGACCCCGACCUGGCGGGGUAGCGCUGGGCGUGCGUGCGUGCGAGCGGGGGCGCUGACGACGAGCAGGAAGCGGCGGCCACGCAGGCGUGUGCGGCUGUCGAGGAGGAGGCUCCGGGAGGCGGCGGCCGGGCUCGUGGGGCGGCCCUCCUGGCUCAGCAUUAUGGAUCCAAGUCUCUUGAGAGAACGGGAGCUGUUCAAAAAACGAGCUCUUUCCACUCCUGUAGUAGAAAAACGUUCUGUAUCUUCUGAAUCAUCUUCAUCAUCAUCAAAGAAGAAGAAAGCGAAGCUAGAACAUGGAGGAUCAUCAGGCUCUAAACAAAAUUCUGAUCAUAACAAUGGAUCAUUUAACUUGAAAGCUCUAUCAGGAAGCUCUGGAUAUAAGUUUGGUGUUCUUGCUAAGAUUGUGAAUUACAUGAAGACACGGCAUCAGCGAGGAGAUACACAUCCUCUUACUUUAGAAGAAAUUUUGGAUGAAACACAACAUUUAGAUAUUGGACUCAAGCAGAAGCAAUGGCUAAUGACUGAGGCAUUAGUCAAUAAUCCCAAAAUUGAAGUAAUAGAUGGAAAGUAUGCCUUCAAGCCCAAGUACAACUUGAAAGAUAAGAAGGCCCUACUUCGGCUUUUAGAUAAGCAUGACCAGCGAGGCUUAGGAGGAAUUCUUUUAGAAGACAUUGAGGAAGGACUGCCCAAUUCCCAGAAAGCUGUCAAGGCUUUAGGGGACCAGAUACUAUUUGUAAACCGUCCUGAUAAGAAGAAAAUUCUUUUCUUCAAUGAUAAGAGCUGUCAGUUUUCUGUGGAUGAAGAGUUUCAGAAACUGUGGAGGAGUGUCACUGUGGAUUCAAUGGAUGAGGAGAAAAUUGAAGAGUAUCUGAAGCGACAGGGUAUUUCUUCCAUGCAGGAAUCUGGACCAAAGAAAGUGGCUCCUAUUCAGAGAAGGAAAAAGCCAGCUUCACAGAAAAAGCGACGGUUUAAAACUCACAAUGAGCACUUGGCCGGGGUGCUGAAGGACUACUCUGACAUCACUCCUGGCAAGUAGUGGACAGUUUUGUUUGAGAGCAAAGAGUUACAAAGUCAAGAUCUUCCUUGUUGACGCUGGGAUCUGAAGACUGACCGUCUUCCCAUUCUACUUCUUAGGACCGAGGACAGGAGCAGUUCAGUUUACAGAACUAGUGCAAAUUACCAAACUUGAAGCUUAUUUUCAUUAAUGGGCUAAUGAGAAAUGUUAUGUCCCCUGUUAACCUCCUUCUUGGGGGAAAGGCGCUCAGCAUGGCAUACAGAAUGUUGUCCAGUUGUUUGAUGUCAUGAGGAGGUGUGAUAGAACAGGGAUGACAUUGGAAGAGUGAGAGAGCAACUGCGUGCUGAAAAUUCUCUUCACACUGGGCCCCUCACAGGGAUGAAAUCUGCCACCUUAUUUGGGCUGGGACAUAAUUGCUGCUGGCCUGCCCCUGGCAUUCCUGCUGUUCUAGGUCAAGCUUUCCAAAGAGACUGGAAGCCCCACGUGUGGUGCCCAGCAGGCAGGUCGCCUCCUGGAACCCUGCUGCACGACUGUUCUGAGACAACGCUUACUGCCCGCAGUGAAAGAACUGAGCAGUGACAGCUGGUAGUGACGGAGAAGACGGACAAAUCACCCAAAUCUUCACCACUAGAAAAGCCGCGCAGUUUAGGAGUCCACUUAGACUCCAUUAUAGUUCAGUCAUGCCCAAGGGCAAUCGCCCUGUUUCUUGAGAGGCUCAGAAUGUCUCCAAGUCAUCAAGAAAGGGCUGCACUAUAUUCAGUAUAACUGGAUUAAUAGAUCAAAAGGAAUAUACAUACUACAUCUGAAGAUAUCCACCAAAAUGGUUAAUUAAAAAAAAAAAAGCCUUAGGGCCUCAAGGGAAAAACUUCAUUCAUAUAUAUGUUCCCUUUGAUGGAAUACCUCAUACCCGGAUACUGCUGGAGGAGGUGUUGACAGCCUCACCCAGCAAGGCUGUGAGGACCAAGCACUGGGUGACGCGCUCUGAGAGCCCGCAGAGCUCACCUGCUACCCCGGGACGCCUUUGCCUCAGCAGACGGCAGCUGGAGGAGACGAGCGCACGCCGGUCCCGAGCGCCCACCGCAGCCCCUGGAGGGGCCCCACCCACCGGGGAUGCUGGUGGGAUGGCCCCGACUACACCACUCCACGCGGUCGUGCCCUGCCCGGGACACGCCGCUUCUUGGGAGGAACCGUUCAGUCUCUGAGUUUGGAACUCACCAGCGCGCUCCAGUUUUGUAGAACAGCUCGAGAACAGGAGCCACUUGAAGAUUGCGUUAAUACCCACAAGACAGAUUGCAGCCACCAUCACACACCUGGAACCUGGGGUGGAGAAAGAGAGGAGCCGUUAACACCCGCGGUGACAGCAACCCCGGCUGCCGGCUUCCCCGGGCCUGUUCCGAGGGUAAAGAGCUGCAAGGCAAAGGCACCAGCACCAAAGGCCUCCACUGCUGAGCUUGAGGACAAGCUCCAACUGGGAGUGCCACGAAGAGCUCUCACUGGGACGUGGUGCAGCCAGCGGGAGGUGGCUCUCGGGGGCCGGGGUGCCCGGCAGCAGAGGGUGGCUCCCAGGGACUCCCUGCAGCAAGCCCAGUGGGGAGGGCACCUGGAGAAAAGCGUGCCCCUUUAGGAGCACCAGGGCCUAAGCCCCCCGGGGGCAGACAGGCAGCGCCUCUGCACACACGUCCCCCAGGACUAGACAGAGGAAAGGCACGGGAUCUGAGGGCCCCCGAGAGCAGCCCGAAACCUAACCAACUCCAGGGGCCGCCCCAGACCCCAGGGACAACUCUGGUCAGCCCAAGGCCCCAGAAGCAACCCUCCAGGAGAACCCUGUGCUGUCACGUGCACCAAUGAACUCGACUUUGCUCCGGCACCCACUAGGAAACAAAACCCAAAAGCUAACACUUGUGAACAUACCCUGCUAUUCCCAGUGUCUGAGAAUUCUGAGACAGGAAGAGGCAGACACUUAGCGAGCAACACAUUUUUAAUAUUCUUCCUGCAGGCAUGGCUGCCUCCGUGCUGGCUGGUUUCAUCAAGAAUUCCUGGUGCUGAGGAAGGAAGGCCUUCGCCCAGCACGUGGACACCGGUGCCCGAUUCCCCGCUAACGUUCCUCAAGUCUUCAGCGCUGCUCUCCUUCCCAGGACAGAGAACCUGCUUCUGGCGCACGGGGCUUUGUGGACAGGAGCACACGAUGUGCUGUGGAAAGCUGCCCCGGGAUGCCGCAGGGAGACCAUGCCCCGCGCUCAGACGGCCUCUGGGGUGAUGCGGCAGGCUGAAGGAAAGAUCGCCUUCCCAGGGCAUCUCUCUUCUCAGAGUCAGGAAAAAAAAAAAAGUUUUCCCCAGAAUUUCACUAUAAAAACAUUGAAAGAUGA